CCAUGUUAUAUCACAAAAACUCCCAUUAUCAGUUUUCGGUGAAAAAUAAUGUAAAGAACAAGUCAAUUGACAUUACAUCCAUUCGAAAAACGGUAUCCAGUUGCACGGAAUGAAUAAUAUUAUAAAUCUUGUUAUUGUUGGCGAUAGUACAGUCGGAAAAACAUGUUUACUAUUUGCAUAUACCAAUAAGGGCGGCUUCAAUUCACUCUACGAACCAACAAUAUACGAGAGAGAAGAGUCUGAAUUGGUAUUGGACGGUCAGAGAUAUUUCAUAAAAUUACAUGACACGGCCGGCCAGGAAGACUUUGAUCGUUUGAGGCUGGUAAUAUAUAAGGACACUGAUGUAUUCAUUUUAUGCUACAGCAUGGACAAUCGUACGUCGUUCGAGAAUAUUUUUAGCAAAUGGUAUCCCGAAUUGUUGCCCUAUAACAAGCCUAUUAUCUUAGUAGGAACGAAAAGUGACAUUCAAGGACCAAAUAUCAUUAAGGUGGAUGAGGCAGAAAUUCUCAGACGAAAAAUUCGAGCCAGUGCAUUGUUGAUGUGUUCAGCUAAGGAUUAUCACAACAUAAACGAAGUGAUUUACACGGCCGUCAGAGCAAUAAAUGAGGAAUUACCGCCUCAGGAAGAGGAUUCGAGUACAUUUUCGUGUUGCAAUUGUUUUUGAAAUUGAUUUUCGUUUAGAAAAUUUUGUUUUACUUUUCGAAAGAGGAAAUUAAAUAAAUCUGUAAAAGAGAUGGGGUCGUUGAUGACUACAAUA